GGCCGAAUCAAACCAAAAGCAUCAUCUCCUUCAGUAAGCUACUCAAUUACAUAGCCAUCCUCUGCAACCUCACCACCUUACCACUUCUGCUCUCUCUGCAUUUGUGAUUACAGAAUAUACACUCAUUCUCCCAAAUUACCUACGCCAAAGUGAUUUUACACAAUUUAAUACCUUAUUCUCACAUAAUCCUUGCAAUAACCACAUCCACCCAACUCUCCAUCCUCCUUGCGCAAACCAAAACACCGAGCCACUCGUCCCUGGACCUACUAUCAACAGCUUAUAAAAAUGUCCUUCGAAUCGCCUCUUCCACCCUACAAUGCCUCCGAUCCCACGGCCACCUUCCUCAAUUCCUCGUGUCUGGACCUCCUCCUUAUCGAACUCGUUCCUCUGGCCUACCGGACUGUGCACGCACUAGAUGCGCCUUCUCCGCCCUCUUCCUCUCCCAAUCCAUCUGCAGCUCCAAAAAUGGAAGAAGAAGAAGAACGCGAACGAGUGUUUUUCCGUCUCGAAAGUCUCGGAUAUCGUGUUGGGUUGGGUCUCGUGGAACGAUUUAGUAAAGAUCGUCCCCGGUUUACAGAUACAUUGGAUGUUAUUAAGUUUCUGUGUAAGGAUUUGUGGAUGCUGGUUUUCAGGAAACAGAUUGAUAAUCUGAAAACGAAUCAUAGGGGAGUCUACGUCCUGACAGACCAUUCAUUUCGUCCCUUUGCGCGCAUGAGUACAGAACCAGGCGGAAAUGCAGUUAUACGCGCUCAACCUUUCCUAUACUUCCCCUGCGGCAUAAUUCGUGGAGCCCUCGCCUCAAUGGGUAUAAAUGCUACUGUUCAUGCGGAAACAACUGAAUUACCGGGUGCUACAUUCCAAAUUAAGAGUAUUGUUAAUACUACCACGGGCAAAUGAUUAUGUUAUGCUUGGACUAUUAGAAAGAUACAAUAAACUCUGCUAUUAUUGUCAGAACCACACAACAGGUCGGCCAGCUGUAAGAUGAAGAAGUAAUGGGCUUUAGAGAAUCCCUAAUAUACACAACUACCCAGAGCCGAAUUCCAAGAGAGGACGAGAAAAAUAAAGAUAUACCAUACCACAAUGUACAUCACCGUACAAUAAUAUUUGCGACUUAGCGAUUUGCGAUCUAGCGAGAUGGCAUGGCAAGAUAUGGAAUCGAAUGAGAUGAUGAUUAGCAAGGAGUCAUAGGAAGGGUUUGGUCAAACCAGGAAAUUGCAGGGUUAUAGAAGUAGCCAUAUCCCGCCGCCGUCGACGACGUUGUCGAGGUCUCAGGCAACAGGGGCACUGCAGAUUGCCCAGAUGAAUUCACGUUAUUGACUUGUGGGAUUUUGCUGGGAGAAUUGGCAAGAAAAUAACCCCUGAAGCAGACGUUUCAUAGCCAGAUGCAAUUAGGAGAACUCGCGUACGUUGAAC